UCUUCCGUCUAAAAGUUUCAGUUUCGUUCCCAAAAAGAAACAGAGAGAAUUUCCGAUGGCGCCAAAGGCCGAGAAGAAGCCCGCCGAGAAGGCUCCCGCCGCAGAGAAGGCCCCCGCUGAGAAGAAGCCCAAGGCCGGCAAGAAGCUCCCCAAGGAGGCCGGAGCUGCCGCUGGAGACAAGAAGAAGAAGAGGAACAAGAAGAGCGUAGAGACCUACAAGAUCUACAUCUUCAAGGUCCUCAAGCAGGUCCACCCUGACAUCGGAAUCUCCAGCAAGGCCAUGGGCAUCAUGAACAGCUUCAUCAACGACAUCUUCGAGAAGCUCGCUCAGGAGUCGUCGAGGCUUGCGAGGUACAACAAGAAGCCGACGAUUACUUCUCGGGAGAUUCAGACUGCUGUGAGGCUUGUGCUUCCUGGUGAAUUGGCCAAGCACGCCGUUUCUGAGGGGACUAAGGCGGUGACCAAGUUCACUAGCUCUUGAGGGGUUGGGCUUUAACUGUGAUUUGGGGGAGAAAUUAGGGUUAGGGUUAGUUCUGAAAUUUCAAGUUUUAAUUUAUGGAUUAGCUGCUUUUAUCGAUGUAAGUACUGGUCUUGUUCUAGUGGUUUGAUGAAAUGAAAUUAUGUUUAUCUAGUUGA